AUGAGCAUUGGGUUUGGUGCUAUCUUCCUGUGCAUAGCAUGGUCAUUUUUGUUAUUUAGGAAAAGAAAGAAUGAGAAAAUGAGGGGAAAAUAUUUCAAGCAAAAUGGUGGGGAUUUGUUGCAACGACUUUCAAAAAGUCGAGGGUGCUCUGAAAAUGAUAAAAUAUUUUCAGCUGAAGAACUUGAAAAAGCCACCAACAAUUACCAUGAAAGCAGUAUUUUAGGAAAAGGAGCCCAGGGAACAGUUUACAAAGGAACACUACCCGAAAAUCGUAUGGUUGCCAUUAAAAAAUCAAUAAUUGGAGACCAUAGUCAAGUUGAACCAUUCAUUAAUGAAAUAAUGGUUCUCUCCCAAAUCAACCAUAAGAAUGUCGUCAAACUCUUAGGAUGUUGUUUGGAGACACCAGUUCCUUUGUUGGUCUACGACUUUGUGACUCAUGGUUCACUUUUUGACCAUAUCCACAAUACUGCUGGUUCUACUUUUCUUCCAUGGGAGACUCGUUUGAGAAUAGCCACAGAAACUGCAGAAGCUCUUUGUUAUUUGCACUCGGCAGCUUCUGUUCCAAUCAUUCAUCGAGACAUCAAGCUAGCAAACAUACUCUUAGAUGAAAACUUCACCGCAAAAGUAUCUGAUUUUGGAGCUUCGAGAUUAGUCUCGUCAGACCAGGCACAAAUAACUACAAUCGUACAAGGAACAUUUGGUUAUUUGGAUCCUGAAUGCAUGCAUACUGGUCAGUUGACUGAAAAAAGUGAUGUCUAUAGCUUUGGGGUUGUUCUUAUCGAGUUAUUAACAGGACGAAAGGCAAUAUGUUUGGAAAAAUCAGAAGAACAGAAAAUUUUGGUUAUGUACUUUGUUUCCUUGAUGAAAAAAGAUCAAUUGCAUGACAUUGUCGAUACUCGGUUGCUUAAUGAUACAAACUUUGAGCAGCUUAAGGAAGUGGCAACUUUGGCCAGGCAAUGUGUGAGAGUGAAGGGAGAGGAAAGGCCAACAAUGAAGGAGGUUGCUCAUGAAUUGGCAGGAAUGCAGGCAAUGGAAAUGUACAGUUGGAGUAAACGUAAUUUGCAAGUGGAAGAGUCGGAGCAUUUGCUUGCUGAGGAGUUGAAAAACAUUUAUUGGGAUAAUGCCACCAACAGCUCCAUGGGGUCUAACAGCAUUCAAAACCAAGUCGAAUUUCAACUUGAAGGUGCCCGAUGA